AUGCUCUUCCUCCUUGUCGCCGGUGGGCUCGCCGUGGCGGCGGCGGCUGUGCUGGCGGUGGCGGUGUGGAGUGUACAGCGCGUGCCGUCCUUCAGCGUUGCCGGCUGCCACGCGUUGGUGACUGGCGGCAGUUCAGGUAUCGGGUUAGAGACCGCCCGUCAAUUGGUUCGUCAAGGGGCGGGAGCCGUCGUCAUAUCGGCGCGGCGGGCAGAUGUAUUGCGGGCGGCGGUCGAGGAGCUCCGGGCAGAGGCCGGGAGGAACGGCACGCAGGUGUUUUACGUGGAGAUGGAAGUGGGCGAUGAGGCCUCCGUGGCACGCGCCGUGAAUCUUGUGGAGACGACGAUGACGGGGGGUGCGGGGCUUGACCUGGUGGUGUGCAGCGCCGGCUUCUCCAUUCCGUCGCGCUUUCUUGAGACCCCCGCCGGCGACGUCCGCCGCAUGCUGGAGGUGAACUUCUUCGGGUGUGUCCACGUGGUGCGGGCGGUGCUGCCGGCGAUGCUGCAGCGGCGUCGCGGUCGCAUUGUGCUGGUGAGCAGCUUGGCCUCCCGCUGCCCCAUUGCCGGCUAUUCGUCUUACGCCGCCGCCAAGGCCGCCGUUCGUGCCUUUGCCCACAGCCUUGACAUGGAGAACAGUUGUCUGGGGGUGCGAUUCCAGGUUGUGUGCCCGCCGGACAUCGAGACGCCGGGGCUGCAGAGUGAAAACCUCCUUAAGAGCCCGGAGUGUAAAGCCAUUUCGUCCUUUGGCGGCAAUGCCCCCUACACCGCCGAGGCCAUGGGCCGGUGCAUCGUCAAGAACAUUAAACGAUAUCGCUUUGACGUGGCCCUGGGAAGCGAUGCUGUGCUUUUGAGUUGGGGAUCCGCUGGCAUCGAGCCCGCCACGAGUUUGUCCGAGCUCCUCUUUCAGUUUCUCUUUUCGGGGUGGCUGCGGCUGAUCAUGGCUGCCUACUCCAAGGUGCACUACCGUAUCGUUCAGCGCGUGCGCGGCGAGGAGGCAUCCCCAGUGAAGGACAAGGAGAUGUGA